AUGUCAGCGUCCUCCCAGCCCAACUGCCGGUCGGAGGUCCCAGUAGAGCUCAAGGGGGUCUCCCCAUCUCCCUUCUGUGGAUCCAUCAAUUACAUUGGUCACGAAGAAGUCGACCCUCCCAUGACCCCUCUCUGGUCGAGCCGCCCCAGCCGCGUCCCUGAGGAAGCCCCCGAGAUGCUCUCCCGGUCCUCGGCCGAAGUGCCAUCUACGGUCGCCAGCAGCCAGGUAGUGGGCAAGAGCAUAGGCCCUCUCCCUUCCUGGGACGAGGUCCGACGUGAUGAUAUCGAAGAGGCCGUAGGGGCGAUGAUGGUCCCUCGAGACGCCCGUGCCUGGUCGGCCCCGCUCGAGCCCCAAGAUACGCAUCAAUGGCUGGCAGCCCGGAUAUCCUCAGACCGGAUGAAUGCUCACGAGGACUGCAGACAAUAUCACAAGAAUUGGAAUCGGCACCAUCUCCUGCCCCCUUCCGCACGCCACAAGCACGCCUUAGCCAAGUGGCUCAAGCUGUGGGUAAAGCGAGCGGAUACUGCUCGGGAUCGUCGUCGCAUGGAGGCAGCCACCACUGCGGUAGCUACAGCGGCAGCAUCGAAGCGCCUACGGAAGGCUGGGAAAGCCGCCGCGACGAGUUCAAAAGUCCAAGGAGCGCCCGAGGCCGAUGAGGACGGCUGGAUACAGAAGAAAGGCAGCAAGGGACGGACCAAUGGCAGUCGGGGUCUCAGGCGUCAAAUGUGUUAUGGAUGCGACGGCUCGGUUUUGGUCUUCGAGCCUCCGAGUAAGAGUCGAGGCAAGCGGGGCCGGCGACAGUCAGAUACCUCUGAUGCCGAGGGGGUCGUCAGCGGCCCGACUUACACCCCUUUUGGAUGCAGUGUUGUUAUCACUGGCGGCACCGGCUGUGGCAAGACUAGCUUAGUCUACGCUGCAGCUCGAGAGGCUGGCGUAGCAGUGGUAGAGCUAUCCGUCGACUCCUGUCCACCGGGUCACACCGUUCAAGUCGGCCUUAUGAUUGAGGAAGCCAUCAAGAGCAGCUCCGUCGAUCUCCGAGGGAGUCAGCCUAGUGUCGCUUCGAGCUCCGACGGCAAGUGUUCGCCUAGUCCUGAGGGAGAUGCUCCGUUGAACACCGGCCUCCUACAGCUACUCUUAGUUGAUGACGUUGACGCUAUUGUCGCCAAUGAUCGCAGUUACGGCUCUCUGUUCGGUCAGCUUAUAGCGGCUUCCCGCCGCCCAGUGGUCUUCACGGCUCGAUCGGUAGAGGACCUUCCGAGGCAACUCCGGCCUCAGCCGAUACGUCGACGGGAGAUUAUAGAGUUCUGGGACGACCUGGACUCUUCCCCACUACUCGUACAGUCGAGUCCGCAGCAGCUGCCUAUCCCUCGGCCGUCUCCUAGGAUGGUCAUGGCCGUAGCUCUACAGCUUGCCGAGGCCCUCUAUGGCGCGGACGUUGAGAGCUCCGACUUGCCGCCACCGUCGUCUUGUACUGAUUUCCGUCGAGCCACUCUAGAAGUAGAAGCAUCCAGACGAGUCGAGGCGGCCGCCGUCCCCACUGAGGGCGGCGAGCCUAGUACAUUACUGUUUAGUUCACAACAGGAUCAGCUCACGUUAGAGGAGCUUAGCUCGGUCUCCCGCUUGCAGAGUGCAGUGGCGGCAGCGGCCUGGACGGAACCUCAGCAGCCAAAAGAGUCCGAGGUCGUUGAAGCGCUACGGUGUCUGGAGGGGAAUCUUAGAGUGUCGAAUAAGGAAUGUCAAACCACUGUUAUUCCUCUGGCUAUGCAUACGCUGGCCGAGCGAGAUCUUGCUGGGACCGCUACCACGCGUCGAACUACUCGGGAGAACGCCACUGAGCUUUUCAAAAUGUGGACGGAGAGGCAGCGUGUCCGGAUGGGACCGGCGGCGACUUUGAAGAGAUGCCUAGCACAGGAAGCUGUCGGAGUCUUAUUAGAACUCUACGAUCGAUACCCGGGCGUGACUACGAUAGAAUGCAGCCGUGCUGAGCCGAGCGAGGGCUCCCUUCCCGACACAGAUAUGGAGACCACCAACUCUCAGGCUGGGGUCGAUUAUCCUCCUCCUGGCGACUAG